AUGGUCCCCACGCGGGGGGCACAGCUCCACUGCCUGCUCCUUGGCCGUCCCUUAUCUCCCCACGCAGACCUGUGCCCUGACCUCACGAUGAUGUGCCAGCUUUUCCUUUUCCUUUUUUUCUCCCUUUCCUUCCAUCUCCAUAAAUGCAAAGAUGAAAUCCUGGGUGAAGAUCCAUACGAAACACCCAAAGACUACCAGGAGGUCUACAGAGGGUCAAAGAAUGACGUCAAAGAGAUCCCAAAGAUUGCAAAGCCCUUCAUUUCUGAGAUGAUCUUCGUGCAAACCAGCAUCACCACUGUAAGGAAAGGUGCCUUCAGGUACAUGCCCAACCUGAUCAGGAUUUCAUUUAUUGGCAGCAAGAUCAAGGCAGUUGAACCUGGAGCCUUUGAUAACUUGGACAAGCUGAGGGACUUGGACAUCUCUGGUGCCUCAAUAGAGGAACUAUCUGUGGGCACCUUCCAGAACCUCCCAAGCUUGCAGAGGCUGGAGCUGAGAGACAGCCACCUCAGACACGUCCCCAAAGGCCUGUUUGAUGGGCUGGAAAAUUUGGGAGAGCUCUCCUUGCACAGCAAUGCCAUCUCUUCCCUUCCAGAAGGCAUUUUUGAUUCUCUUGUCAAUCUAACAUUUUUGGACCUGGCUAGAAACAGGAUCAAGACUCUUCCUGAGGAUGCCUUUAGCAAGCUUCCCCGGCUGCAAGUCCUCCGGCUGUAUGAGAACGAGCUGCAGGAUCUCCCGGCAGGGCUGCUGGACAGUCAGUCAGGACUGCUGGAACUUAACCUCCAGAGGAACAGGCUCGAGGCACUGCCCCCCAUGCUUCUGAGGAGCUUGCCUCACCUGGAGAAACUCCUCUUGGACAACAAUCUCAUCAGGGUUCUUCCUCCUGAGGGCUUUUUUGGUUUGAGCAAGUUGAAGCUGUUGACUCUGGACUCAAACAAUAUCACCGAGCUCCCCUGCUGCCUCUUUGGUGCCAUGCCGCACCUGCGGGAGCUGGACCUGGGCAGGAACAGUUUGGCCACGCUUCCAGAGGGCAUCUUUGUCAAUCUCACGUCUCUUGGGAAACUCCUCUUGUCCCAUAAUCAGCUAGCAGCCUUGCCAAGAGGAUCCUUCACUGGGCUCAGCAAGCUCUUGGACCUCCAGCUGGACACAAAUCAGCUUUCUGCUCUGGAUUAUGAAGUCUUUGCUCCUCUCCCAAACCUGAAAACCCUCAACCUUCGGAAGAACCGGCUGGAGAGUGUCCCCCGAGGGCUCCUGGACCUCCUGAAGAAGCUCAGCUCAGUGUAUCUGAGUGGCAACCCAUGGAGAUGUGACUGUAACCUCUGCUACCUGCACGGCUGGAUCAUGGACAACAGUGAGAAGGUCAAAUUGUCCACCCAGGUGUCAUGCAAGAGUCCACCCCACCUGGCAGGCCAAGCAGUGACGUCGCUGAGAGAUGACCACUUAAUCUGCCCAGCUACUCUGCCUCUUCCAACUUCCUCAACCCCAUCUCUGCUGUUCAAAUUCACAUCCACAUCACCACAAGGGAUGUCAACCUUGCUGUCUCCUGGAGCCUUGCCCCCUGCAUCGCCAACCACACUGUCAUUGAUAGCCUUUCCCACCACGGCACCGACAACCAUGCUGUCACCUGUGGCCACUUCUGCCUUAUUGCCAACCAUGACAACAGAGGCCUUCCUCACUGCUCCAUCACCAGCCAUGCUACCUAAGGUCUUCACUACCACCCCUUCAUCAGCCAUGCUGCCAAAGGUCUUCCUCACCAUCACAUCCCCAGCUGUGCCGCUCAAGACCUCAGUCACCACACCCCCAUCAACAACGAUGCCAAAGGCCUCCAUCACCACACCCCCAACAACAAUGCUGCCCAAGGCCUCCAUCACUACCCCAUCACCAACUGUGCUGCCUGAGGCGCUUGGGCUGCUCCUUGAAGUCCUGCUGACGGCUGUGAAAUACGGGAGGCAGGCGCGGGGCAGCGCAUCUGGGUGGGACGGAGCUGCUUGCUCCGGGGCUGGCAGGGUCCUGAAGAACCACUUGAAUGAUGAUGCUGCUUUGUCAUUCUUCAUGUCUGUCCCAGCAGUCUUUUUCAGGGGCAAAUCUCAAGAUACACAGUACAUUUUCUGUGGGACCUGGAGUGAAGGUCUGCUGAUUGCUUUCCAACCAAUUACUUCCGCAAGCUCUCUGCAGCGGAGGGAGACAAACGCUCAGCUUGGGGCUGUGCCUAGCCCGGAGCCUGCCGCAGGACGCCCGGGCAGCGGGGGAAGCUCGGCAUUGUCUCCCAGCGCCGUUGUGAUCACACACUGCGGCUAA